GUGGCCAAGAGGAAUAUGUCUUGUCAUAUGAACCAGUCAAUCAACAAGAAGUCAGUUACACUCGACCUGUGAUUGUUUUGGGACCCAUGAAAGACAGAAUAAACGAUGACCUGAUCUCAGAAUUUCCAGACAAAUUUGGCUCAUGUGUUCCACAUACUACUAGACCAAAACGAGAUUAUGAGGUGGAUGGACGUGAUUACCAUUUUGUCACUUCUCGAGAGCAAAUGGAGAAGGAUAUUCAGGAUCACAAAUUCAUUGAAGCUGGCCAGUACAAUAAUCAUCUUUAUGGAACAAGUGUCCAGUCAGUGCGAGAAGUAGCAGAAAAGGGUAAACAUUGCAUUCUUGAUGUUUCUGGGAAUGCAAUCAAAAGGCUGCAGAUUGCCCAGCUGUACCCAAUCUCCAUCUUUAUUAAACCCAAAACAGUGGAAAAUAUCAUGGAAAUGAAUAAACGUUUAACAGAAGAGCAAGCCAGGAAGACAUUUGAGAGGGCCAUGAAACUGGAGCAAGAAUUUACUGAACACUUCACAGCUAUUGUCCAAGGAGACACACUGGAAGAAAUCUACAACCAAGUGAAACAGAUCAUAGAGGAACAGUCUGGUCCUUACAUCUGGGUUCCAGCAAAGGAAAAAUUAUGAAAACAGAUUUUUAUUUUUCAUUUUCUAACUGACAUCACCUACUACAUCUGACGACUCUUAAGCCCUUCCAGUGGAGCCUGCCUCUAGUUCUUUCCAGCGUGGUUCAUACCCUAACCAUCACAUUCUGCAGUUCCCAUGAUGCUUUACAUUUGGUGUCUCUCUUAGUUUAAAUAAUUUGUAUUACUGUGUGUUGUUGGUUUGCCAUUUUUCAAACAUGACAGUGGAAUGGCCUGACCAGCUAUUAGUUUAGGGUGGGGGUGGGAGGGAAUUGCUUGGUAAAAUUCCUUAAUGUUUAAGGGAAAGUAACUUUCAAAGAUUUUUCAAAAAAGCUUUAUAGACAUUCUUUUAAAAUUUCAUAACAAUUGAAAGAAAAAUUGUAUUCAAGGAAGUUGUAAAUUACGAGUAACUUUGCACGCUUAACUUUAAUAGCAUGGUUUGGUCAGGGCAAUCGAUUCCAGGUUUUAUUUUCUGAGUUCAAUUCUAUUCUCACAAUAUCUUUUUUUCUUUCCAGGCAGUUAGAGAGAAACUUUCAAAUUUUGAGUUAACAUUUUCAUUAAGUCCCGUUACUACUCCUCAAGGGAUAUUCAUUUUCAUAAUUUCAUAUGAAUAUUCUUAUAAUCUAUUUUUUCAUUUUUUUGCCAAUAAAAUUGCUAGGGACAAAGAUGUGUAAUGUUUUUAAUCUUCCUCAUGAAACACUAUUUAUAGUGUCUUACAGAAAUUCUUUAUAGAUAAUGGUCAUCACACUUUUUGAGCCUAAAAUACGUUUAGGUGCUAGGAAAACUUGUAUUUUUCCAAGGAAUGCCAAAUUUCCGUUGGCAGUGGUACCGAAAACAGCUGCAGAGAUGGUCAUUAGGGCAAUGAGAGAAUGAUUCGUAGCCUAAAAUGUGUGUGUUCUUAGGGGUCAGAUUUUAAUGAAUAUUUUACCCACAAUAACUGCCUAUUUUG